AUGCGCAUUGUAUUGGCACUCAUUUUGGGCGCUGCUUUGGCUGCGCUGAGUUCAGCUGAAGAUAUUGGAGUGGAUACCCCGGCCCCGAAUCCAUUGCCGAAGUUUCCGACCCAUCGACAUGGAAGCCCCGUUGUCCGUCGUCGGACUUUGGGUUAUUCCUACAGCCAUGACUCUGUCGACAAGCCGAAUAAGCAUGAGACAACAUACGGAAAAGGUGGUGAACAUGGCAAGGGAAGAUCUCGUAGCAAGCACAUGGGAAAGAGUGGGCAUAGAGGCAUGAGUCCCGAUCAAAAGUCCGAGGGUGAAGAGAUUCACUGGGACGAAGUAGACGACCAUUAUGGCGACGAUGAGUACCGCGAAGAUUACCACGACGAUGCUUACUUGAGCAGUGGAGACAUCGAUGGGAAGGAAGAGGAAGACGACUUCGAUGACUAUCUCAGCAAUGAUCCCAAAAACCAUACCGACUCGGAUGAAGGAGGAAAAGGGGAAAGCGGCCGCAGUCAUAAAUCUAGUGGAGGCAAAGGCAAGGACAACAACCCUCCAGAUGAUGCCACCAAAGGCAAGAAGUCGUCCAAGGGCGGACUGCACAAGCAUAAGUACGACAAUAAUGGCGGAACUCUGAGCUAUGACCACAGUUAUAGCAAGGGAGGCAAGGGUGGUGGUUAUUCAGGAUGGGAUGACGAUGACGACGAUUGUUUCAAACCGUGCAAUGGCUACAGAGAUAGCUAUGAUCAGGCAGGAGACCACAGCCACGAAGAUGAUGACUUCAGUUAUGACAACGGUGAUGACAACUACAGCCACCACAAGUCUGUGAAAAGCAAAGGAAAGGGCAAGGGUGGAGACCACAGCUACACUGAUUACUACAAGUCCACUGGCAAGGCAGGAGACCACAGCCACAACAAGUCCACCGGCAAGGGGAAGGGCAAGGGUGGAGACCAUUACCAUGACGACUGUCACAAGUCCACGGCAAAGGAAAGGGCAAGGGUGGAGACCAUUACCAUGACGACUGGUACAGUCACAAGUCCACCGGCAAAGGAAAUGGCAAAGGUGGAGACCAUUACCAUGACGACUGUCAAGUCCACCGGCAAAGGAAAUGGCAAGGGUGGAGACCAUUACCAUGACGACUGGUACAGUCACAAGUCCACCACCGACAAAGGCGGAGGAAAGGGCAAGGGAGGAGACCACAGCCGUGAAGACAAUGACUCCAGUUACAACAAGAAAAUGUCCAAAGGUGGACCCCAUUCACACAAUCAUGGCAAACCCACUUCAACAAAAGGCCAUCCCUCGCCAAGAAGCAAACUUGUAGAAUGGGAUGAACUUGACCGGCUCUUUGGGUACUAUGAUUCUCCUGAAGGGUCUUACAGUUACAAGCUGGACGAUGAUGCACUUGGCUUCAAGAAACUGAGAGGAAGCCACUUGAACAAGGGCAGGCAGAAAGGCACCAAAAAGCACAAGAAGAAGAAAACUGCCAAGACGAUGAAGGGAGGCAAGCAAGGAAAAGGUGAGAAGAAGGAAGCAAUGAAAGCAGGCAAGAAAAUGACAUCAAAUGGGCACCCACAGAGAGACAACAAGUCUCAGAGAUACCCACCAAGUGACGGUGCAGAAAUAAGAAACAGUGGCGCUGGCGGUUACUUCUCUGGUCGAUCCAUAUAUUACUAGAACGAAGGAAGGAAAGCCGCCAAUCCUAUUGAACUGAGCAAGAGUGAAGUCCACUUGGUUUCCCCAGCUAUCAGGCAGUGUGCAGGACCUGUGCCGGGACGACCUAUUUGUUAUCCAUCACUUGGUUGUGCCACUCUUCCAAGCUGCAAGCAACACAAUGUACUGUAUAGUCAGCUAUUAAUCGCUCCAAUUCGAAUGUCAUAGUAUAGUAGAUCUACAAGAGAAGGGUGUGGUGUCUCCUGGAACCUGUGACUGGCUCCUGGUGAGCCUUUGCCUGUGUUGACUUGCAGCACCUGGGGGUAAAAGACUGGCUUUGAGAAAAAAAGCACAAACAAAAGUUGAAUUUAGUGGUUUUCAUCAGGGAUCACAGGUGAUCCAAGGAGAACACUGUCUCCUUUUGAGAUAGUCUCCAAUAAUCAAUUGGAGACAGCUGUCUCAAGUCUUGAGACAGUUGAGACAGUUUUGAGGGAGGAUUAGGAAACAUAAUGUGUAACUUUAAAAUAGAU